CAUAGAGCACCCGAAUUGUUGCCUGAGGAUGCUGAGUAGGCUGAGUAUGCAUAUAUAAGAAGCUAUCUUCACGGCACCAUCUGUAACGCAGCAAUCCACUCUGAAUCCAUACUCAAUAGCUUCUGCCUCAACACUCCACGUUCUUUCUCCACAACUUGCGGGUUAAAAAAUGUCCACAACUAAAUCUCCGAGAUUCUUUGUUCUCCAAGCCCCAUCAAGAUCGGCUAUUGACACACCAUCGAUCAUUUUAUACGGCAGUAUCGAAGGAAAUGUCAAAGUCACCUGGCAGUCAUCUUUAGCCUCGUCGCUAUCAGAUCUCCCAAUCACUAUACUGGACCCUCGACGUGAUGAUUGGGACAGCACCUGGGUCGAAGACAUCAAAUUCCCAAAAUUCAAGGAGCAAGUGGAUUGGGAAAUGGACCAUGCUAAGGUCGCCGACAUUAUUGUGUACCACUUUGUGCCCGGCACACCGGCAGCAAUCACGUUGUUGGAGUUGGGAAUGUACGCUGGCACAGGCAAAGCCAUAGUCUGUUGUCCUCCAGGAUAUGCAAAGAGAGGAAAUGUCCAAAUCGUAUGUUCCAGAUACGGCAUACCGUUGGUGGAGACACUGCCGGCUCUGGAAGGGAAGAUCAGGGAACGACUUGCAGAGAGGUUUGGCGAUUCGUGAUAUCACAUGGGCCUGCCCUGGUGUGGCUUUAACAGCAACAAGAUGCUGAAUUGUCUUUGGAAUUUCAUCCUAUCUCAUGUAUCUUACCCAGAACGUGUUAAGAACCCAAGAUUACCCCUCCUAAUUUACUGAACCUCAGCCAACCCAAAUAGUUUCCCAAAAAUGCUCACAAGAUCUUCUACAGCUAACCUUACUUUGCAUAAAUUAUACGUGGCAAGAACAGUACCAUACCAAGAUAAGGGUUAGAUAGGAAGGCUAUUCUGUUGAAAGAAGCCCAAUUUAGCCUACAAGAAACGCCCAAAUAUAUGUUCUC